AUGGCAAAAGAUUUUCCUGACCCCGAACAGUUCAGGAUCGGCAUAAAUAUGGCCUGGGAGAAAUUAGACAAGUAUUACACUAUUCUCGACACAACACCGAUAUAUUAUACCGCCCUCGCACUCCACCCGGCAUACAGAUGGGGAUGGUUCGAGCAGGCCUGGGUACAUAAGCCCGACUGGAUCAGAUCUGCAAAAAGGAUAGUUCAAGAAGUGUGGGACGAGUCCUAUCGAGAUUUCCAUAUUGUGGUGGCCUCAAAUGACGAGCCUGUUGCAAAACGACAGAAGCAAUACUACAAUGCCUUCGAAGAGCAUUGCGAACAGUCCCGUAUCGACUCCAUACAGACAGAGCCUCUACUGGACGACGACACGAUUGGCGACGAAUACGAACGAUGGCAAUCGAGCCAUGAGAGCACUGACAAGACUGUGCGAGAUCCGAUAGCGUAUUGGCAUGAGAAGCGCCUGCAAUACCCUCGUCUCUCCCGAAUGGCCCUCGACUUUGUCACAAUACAAUCAAUGUCUGCAGAAUGUGAGAGGAUGUUCUCGGCAGCAGGGCAGAUGGUUGUUCCCCAACGGUGCAAUCUUCAGGCGCAAACAGUUGGGAUGUGUCAGGUAUUGAGGUCGUGGUUUCGGGCAGGCAUUAUCAACGACCUAGAUCCGUUAUUUCUCUCGAUCAUAGAGGAGAAGAAAGAGCUCGAGGGCAUCCAUCUUAAUGAUGAUGAGUUCAGAAGACGGGAGCUAUCGUGGCUCGCUGCCGCGGCGAAAACAGCUGGCCAUUGA